CUAGUACUAUAUGCUUUCUCUUUCGUUGAACGUCUCAGGCUGGGAGAUCUCACUCUGCUUUCCUGGGACCGACCUCGUGGCGACGUGCAAACUAGCACCCUUCAACAUGGCAAUGAUAAACAGGACUGAUACGACAACCCACGGUUGCGGAAUACGCCACGCUCUGCGGUAUUUGACGAGUAGGAAAACGAGAAGUCCGACUCCGAACAAUGCCCCCCUCGAAUACUCCAUGUCUCAGAGAGGCGAUCUGUCAGAGGAAUCCGAAGCCGGCACUUCCGGCACUCAGUACUCAGCACGUUCAUCCUCCACUCUCGAUUAUCACAGCGAUUUCAAGCACUCCUCGACCCAUAAUGCAUGGGCACCGGUAUUAUUGGUCGGACUCAGUUGAAAGUUUCGUACGAUCCUCCUGCGAUUACGAUCCUACCUACGACUACGGACUACUAAUCUGGUACCUUGAAAGUGUCGUACAAUCCUCCAGCGUACAAUCCUCCAGCGAUCACGAUCGUGCCUACGGACUACCAUUCCGGCUGCCGCCCGAGAUCGUGUGGAAGGUCAUAGACUAUCUUCAGUGGGAUUGGUCGGCACUACUGGCCUGCACCGAGGUCUAUCGAACGUGGCAUGUCCGUGCUCAAUUACACCUGCCUCAGGGGACGUUCGCCGCGAUGCUUUCUGGACGGUUGAAUCAGCUCGAGGAGUUACACAUCAUACGUGGUGUAUGGAGCGCCGCGACAGUGAACUUGCGC